GUUUUAAUAAUGAAUGGCAAGAUGACGUAACCAUUCGACCAUUACACUGCAUAUGUAACUUACGUUACUUCAUACUUCACUCAAAGCCGUAAAUGUCUACAGAAUCAAACGAUGGAUUUCGACGAAAUUUUACCACUUUUGGACGGUUAUGGGGUAUAUCAAAAGGUUAUAUUUUGGUUUGUCAUGGUACCGAGUCUUAUAGCCUCUGCAUUCGGUUAUUUUAAUUUUGUAUACGUAUCCGGUACUCCGGAUUACUGGUGCUUCGUUCCGGAGUUAUCGCAUCUACCUUUGGAUUUACAGAAAAAUUUAAGCUUGCCUUUAGAAACGUUGGAUGGAGUCGAAACUCAUAGCAAAUGUCAGAUGUAUGAUGUAAAUUAUACACAAUUACUACUAAAUCGUUCUUUCGUACCCAACGAAAACUGGCCCAAGGUAAAUUGUCAACACGGUUGGAGUUACGACCAUUCUGUCUUUCGUACCACUUUGAUAGAAAAGUUUAAUGUCGUGUGUGAUAAAGAUUGGAUGCCAACUGUAGCACUUUCGCUUUAUUAUGUUGGAGGAAUUGUUGGAAGUCUUUGGUUCGGUUACGUUGGAGAUAAAUGGGGUAGAAGAAUAGGCUUUAUUUCCAGCUGUACUUUUUACGCAGCAAUAAGUAUAAUAUCAUGUUUUCCUUCAAAUUACAUAGCAUAUAUUGUGUAUCGUUUCUUAAGUGGCAUGGCAUUUCCUGCAUUCUUCCAGUUACCGUUUGUAAUAGCUAUGGAAAUUAUAUCUGUGGAGAAACGAACAAGAGAUGGGAUGCUAAGUAGCGCAAGCUUUUCUGUUGGGUUAGUUAUAACUUCUGGAAUUGCAUACAGUUUGCAGGAAUGGUUUCCUAUAUCUCUAGCCACUUCGUUUCCUCUUCUUUUGCUCUUUAUCUAUUUUUUUUUUGUUCCAGAGUCUCCAAGAUGGUUAGUCAGUCAGGAUCGUUAUGAAGAAGCUGAAGAAAUUGUGCAGAAAAUAGCAAAGUAUAAUAAGAGAAAUAUCGGACCGAAUUUCUUGAAGACUCAUUUAUGUUACAAGAGCAAAAAGGUUAGAGAAUACGAAAUGGCUGAACCAUCGUAUUUAGAUCUUCUUAAAUAUCCUGUUAUGAGAAAAAACUUCAUUAUUCUCACUUUCGAUUGGGCCGUGAUGUGUUUUUGUUAUCCAGUAUUUUCAUUUGGAGUUUCUCUUCUCGAUAUCAACCUGUAUUUAGGAUGUGCUAUAUCCUCUGCUGUAGAGGUACCUGGCAUUGUAUUCUCUUGGAUAGUCAUGGAGAAAGUAGGUAGAAUGUGGUCUAUGUUUAUAACCUUGGGAGUUGGUGGAUUAUCUUGCCUUUGUAUCGCAUUUAUAAAUCAAGACUCCGACAUAACUGAUUUCGGUAACAAGAGACCAAUUCCCUAUGUUCUAAAGCAGCGAUUCCCAACCCGGGUAUGA